UCUCUCUGUCUCUCUCUCAGGCCAGAAUGCAUACUGUUAGCGAUUGCCGCACCACCACCGGAGAUAUUAGGGUUGCAAACACAACCAAACGCAUGGCCUCUCUCUCUCUCGAUCAAUUUGUAAAGCUGGACGAAUCUGGAAAAAGCGAAAAGGAAUGCCUCGCUGGAUUCCCUGAUGAGACUCGCGAUGAAGCUGAAGAAAAGAAAGAAGAUGUCAUGCUGAAGGCUCCUGAGAUUUUUUCCAAGAGUAUAAUGUUUCUUGCUCCCGUUGUCACCCCAUCACCUGUUGUUGACAAUUUCCGUCCGCCGCGCCUAUUCAUGGAGUCAGAGUUCGCCCGUUGCCAGAGGAUGAAGAAAGAACAUGAUCCCGCAGCAGUUUUUAUGAGCAGAAUGGGAGGCACAGAUUUACGGUCAUGCAUCGAUCCACCUUUUGAUUUCUCACCAUCAGUGGUGCCUAUGGCCGUAUUCUCUUAUGCAACAAAGGGGCGUGAUGAGGAUGAGUUGAAGGAUAAACGCUAGUAGGCUAGCUUUGCUUUGGUUUCGCAGAAGAAAAGAGGUGGCUUAAGAUUGUAAUUAUUAUGUUUUGGAUCUUGACGUACUAAUAUGUCGUGCAUGCUCCUCGGUUUUAUUUGGCUCGCACACUUGUGUUGGCACUGCUGUUUGAUUACAAUGCUUGUCUCUAUCCUAAGAUUGAUCGAGUUUUGAGCUUUGGCGCUAUUUCUAACGUGGGAAGAGCGUGAAAUAGUAUGCAGGCAAUUCUUCGUGGCG